AUGGCAAAUCCAGCGCGAGACGAUCCGAAUACUCCUGCACAGGCCGCCUGGAAAAAGGUCAAGACACGAACGCACUACUACGUGCCCGGCACAUCAUGGAUACCAAAUUACUCAAUGUCUUUACUUCUGGGCGACUGCAUUGCUGGAGUGACGGUCGCAUCAAUCCUUAUCCCCCAAUCAAUCAGUUAUGCCACAUCUCUAGCAAAAUUGCCUCCUUUGACGGGAUUGUUUGCUGCUGCAAUUCCUGGGUUUAUUUACGCCCUUCUUGGCUCGUGCCGGCAGCUUAAUGUGGGGCCGGAAGCAUCUUUGUCACUCAUCGUCGGCCAGACCUUGACCAAACUUAUUCACUCUGACCCACAUGGCCCACCGGAUGAUGCCCAUCUGGUGGCUAUAGCAAUCUCGACUAUAAUCACGUUCCAAGUUGGCGUCUUCACGUUCCUCCUCGGCUUUGUUCGCCUGGGUUUCAUUGACGUUAUUCUUUCUCGUGCGCUUCUUCGAGGAUUUGUGACUGCCGUAGCAGUUGUCAUUGCUAUUGAACAACUCAUUCCGAUGGUGGGCCUCGCCGGCCUCGAACGCGAGGUCAACCCGACCACGACACCAGACAAGGUGGCUUUUAUUAUCGACAACAUAGGUUCCAUCAACCGCUCUACCACACUCUUGUCGUUUACGACCCUAUUCAUACUCGUCACCAUCCGAUACCUGAAACGUCACUUUGCAGCUGCUCAUGGAUGGGUCAGAAUCAUCCCCGAGAUCUUCCUUGUGGUCGUCAUUUCUACUUUCCUCUCGAGCGUCUAUCGCUGGGAUAAGCGAGGAAUUGCCAUUCUCGGCGACGUCGCGCUGUCAAAGGACGAUUCAUAUUUCGAUUUUCCUCUCCGGCAAGAGAAUCUAGACUGGUUCAAAGCUACUACGCCUACUGCUAUUCUGAUAUCCGUAAUCGGCUUCCUCGACUCUCUUGUUGCAGCGAAGCAGAACAGUGGACGCUUUGGCUACUCAAUUAGCUUGAACCGCGAGCUCGUUGCUCUUGGAUCUGCAAAUCUCGCGGGGUCUUUUAUUCCUGGUACGGUCCCUGCUUUUGGGGCCAUCACUAGAUCAAAGCUCAACGCCGAGUUGGGAUGCCGGUCGCAGAUGUCUUCGUUGGUCUGCUCCUCUUUGGUGCUCUUGGCCAUCUUCUUCCUGUUGCCUGCAUUGCACUUCCUACCGAAGUGUGUUCUUGCUGCAAUUAUUUGCCUUGUAGUCGUCGGUCUCGUAAGCGAGGCUCCUGAAGACAUCCACUUCUUCUGGAGUCUUGGGUCAUGGACCGACCUUGCACUGAUGGCCUUGACAUUCCUUUUGACCGUGCUCUGGAGUGUGGAAGUCGGCGUUGCAAUUUCCGUCACAGUUUCUCUUCUCAUGGUUGUCCAUCGCUCUUCGAGGGCUCGAAUGUCUAUUCUAGGUCGCGUGCCUGGAACUGACAAAUGGAAACCGGUCAUUGAGAACCCGGAUGCUCAAGAGCCGGUUCCUGGCAUUCUGAUCAUUCGCAUUCGGGAAAGUCUUGACUUUGCGAAUACUUCACAGCUGAAAGAACGCCUUCGCCGACUCGAACUGUAUGGUGCCUCCGUUCAUCAUCCCGGAGAUGCUCCUCGCCGUCAGCAAGCGACCGUCUUGGCAUUUCACAUGGCUGAUGUGGAGACAUGCGACGCUUCGGCAACCCAAAUCUUUAUGGAGAUCGUCCAGACCUACAGAAACCGUGGAGUUAGCCUGUACUUUGCACAUCUCCGAAAUCAGCCACUCAAGAUGUUCACCAAGGCUGGUAUUAGCAAGCUUCUCGGCGAGGAUGCAUUUCAACCAAACAUCGCUGCUGUCAUUGAACGGAUUGAAACGGUGGACCUGGCUCGGUAA